ACAAUCUGUCACACAUCAGCCUAUCCAACAGCGUAUCUCAGUCAAUCCAAACGAUUCAUUGUCAUCCUCGAGUGUAGCAAAAUGAAGCUCACUUCUACCGCCGCUCUCGCCUCUCUGGCCGUCGCUGCUACCGCUGCUCCCUCCACGCCCGAGACCUUUGGCCUUGUUGCCAUCCGCUCUGGUGAUGCUGUCCAGUACGCUGGCUUCAACGCUGCUCUCGGCAGCAUCUUCGCCGGCCUCCCCAAGCAGAACGCCACCUGUGAGGGCACUGACAGCGGUUUCGCGACGUUCUACAUCAAGGAUGGAGCCCUCUAUCUCUACGGUUCCGAGGAGACCCAGGAAAUUUAUGUCGACCGUUCCGGCAUGGGCCAGGGCUUGAUCGGAUACACCACCGGUGACAAUGCCAGUGGCCCUCGCAACAGCGAGCGGACCGGCUGGUCCAUUGACGAAAACAACCACCUCGUGUUUGACGGCAACAGCCUCAUUGCUUGUCCCAACAGCAUUGAUAGUGCCUACAGCAUCUGGGCCUCUGCUGGUGUCGCCAACCCGGGCGGCAACAAGGACUGCGUCGGAAUCGCUGCCCGUGUUGAGAAGACCGAGAACCCUAUUGCUUGCACUUACUCCUCUUAAGCAUGCCUUCCGGAUCUCUUGUUCAUAGAUCUGCUCGAAUUGUAUAUUAUCAAUUAGACCGAAUCUAAAGUCCUACUCUAUUGGUAUAAUGCC